GAGGACCCCGCCGAGAGAGUGCAUAGACCAGUUCCGGCUGGAUCGAUCUUUGAAUCAAGAUGAAAACUAGAGUGGAAGGAUAGGCCCUGGUGAAGAUGGCGGCAGGUCACUCGCUGGGCUGAUUCCGCCGCAUUUUUUAUCCCGAGGUGGGGCAGGUGUGCUUAGUGAGUGUAACUUGUGCGCGUUGUAGGGGCACCAUGAUGCGGCUAGGAGCAACGGCCUUGAUGGCAUCAGCGUCACUGGCGCUUUUGAUGCCGGCAACGUCCUUCAUACUGCCCACCCGCCCACACGCAACAAGCAUCGGGCAGCGCCAAGGACAAAGUGCUUCAUGCACUGGACGAAGUCGGGAAUACAGGGCGCGGUUUGAUGGGGCAACAGACACAGCCGGCGCUCUUGACAGGGUAGGGGCGGCGAGGAUUCCACCCCUUCGUGCGAUAGCUCAGGAAGGAGUUCCACAGCUGCGACCGCCGCUGGCGGCGGAUUUCUACAGCGAGAGUGUGCUUGACAAGGUUGCGCUAGCGCUGUUCCGGAAUCUCGUUCAGAAAGAGAUCGGGUACAAGUCGGAGAAGCCUGGCUAUGCGGGCCUCAUCGACGAGGCCCAAAACUACAUGGGCGCCUCAGUGGAAGAUCAGCAAGACAUGGUCGUUCGAGUUCUGACCACUAUCGCCGGCCCCGCUGUUCCCCCCGUGUACAAACUGUUCAUGGCACCAUGGCCGUGGGCACCUUUCCUGACAGCGUUUUUCACACCUUCCUUUUUCAAGUUUCUCGUCGGUCCGAACAAGCUUGACACGCGAAAGGAUAACACCCCAGGUGGUGUGUUCGUGGAAAGGUGUCGAUUUUUGGAGGAGACCAAUUGCAAGGGGUUGUGCACAAACAUGUGCAAGAUCCCGACCGAACGUUUUUUCGAGGAGACGCUGGGCCUGGCGAUGGCGAUGGAGCCAGACUUCGACACGUACGAGUGCCGCCUGAGCUUCGGCCUCGAGUCGCCCGCGAUGGAAGAGGACGACACGGUUCCACGUGGCUGCCUAUCUGGCUGCAGCUGCAAGGAGCUCGGGGCGGUGGUGGCUACCACGUGUUCGAAACAGUAGACAGAUUGCAAGUACUCGGUGUGUAUUCGAUCCCCUCACGAGGUUGGUGCCUUUCUCAUAGCCCUAUCUGGGAACACAACAGUCAGUUUCUUGUGUAGCUACUUUUGUCGGGAGUUGGGGCCUGCAACGGGUAUGACAUAGUCUGUGUUUCCUCCAUUUUAUCAUUCUCCUGGAUGAUCUGGUUUGCAGUUCAAGACCGACCAACCCCUUUUCGCGGUCAAGCCCCUGUACGUGUUUGGAGUGUUAUUGUCUAUACUGCUCGUGGUUACACAGUAGGGCUAUGACAACCGGUAGAACGAUGCUUUCCGGUUCUACCCCGGGCACGUAACGUCAAACAGGGGGAUGUAGUUCGUGACUGUUCCUGCACCAAUUUGCGAACAAUCAAGUGUCCUCUGGGUUGCUCCGUAUUUCGACGGCGUACAUGUUAGGGAUCUAUGCCGCUUGGUGGUUGCUACCCAUAUUGCCGUGUCGGCCCCCCAAAACGUCGAUUUCGGGUUGCCAGGAGGAGCCUCAAUCUUAUCUGUUGGGCCGGACUCCAGCCUUUGUCCUUGGCGGUCUUGGAACGAAGGUUAACCUUCUAUGUAACUAGUAUGCCCUGCCGUGUCCUGCCUUGCCCGCACUUUCCAUCGUUGCUUCCGUCGAAUGAGCUAAACGCCUUUGCACGCAGCUUGGUGCGUCCUCUAGCACUUUGGCCUUGCGGUUCGUAAUUUUCGGAAUGAAGGCGUGGGGGCGACGGAUCUUUGGACGAAAACUAGCAGCACGUUAUGAUGACGAAAAUGUCGAUGCAUUCUA